UUUCAGGACUAUGUCCUUUCAGCCGGCGUUCAACGCCCGGCUGAUCGCCGAGGUGAAGAAGUACCCGUGCCUAUACAAUCAUGCCAAGCGUGGAAGUGGAGAUACCCUGGAGCGGAUGCGAAUCUGGGAGAAAAUUGCCGCCGACGUCGAUAGCAACUGUUCCGGUGACUUUGCCAAGAAGCGUUGGCUACAGUUGCGAGAUCGAUACCGAAAAGAACUGAAGACCGCGAUCAAGCAGAAUUUCGUCUCACCCGUUCGAUGGUGCUACUUCUCACAUCUUUCUUGGCUCGAUCCUUACCUCAAGGAUAAUCUAGUGUUGACCUCUUGCGAAAGUUAUGGAGAUAUCAAGGAUGACUACGGUGUCGACUUUGGUAUCAGCUCGGUUAAGACCGAACCAGAUGACUCUGAUGGCGGCCACUCCUCGUCCAUGAUGGAAUCUUCUGUAAUUGACCGUCUGUUAGCGUCGACUCAUCAGCUCGCAGGUUCCCAAAAAGAUGAGAGUAGAACCCACAGCGUCGCCGAUUCUGGAGUGGAUGAAGAACUGAAGCUUGACUGCGAUAGGGCUCAAGACUUGUUGUUCAAAGAAUCGAAUGACGGCAAAGUGGAGCAGAGCGAAGCAGGAUCAGCACUGUCUCAUCAAUCACAAUCACUUUUGAAAAAUCAGCUGAUGGCCCAUUACCAACAACUGGAGCAAGCGAUGAUCAAGCAAGCUGUGAAUGCCGGUAAAAGCGUAAUGGACUGGAUGAAUGACGAAGACUUCCUUUACUGCAGAAUUAUCGGGGUGCGAUUGAAAAAAAUGGAACCAAGGAAGAGGAAACAGGUUCGUGCUCAGAUUAUGAGCCUUCUGGAAGAGUCUGAGAAUGAACUUGAAGAGGAUGAUGACUCUAUGAGUAGUCCGAAUAUCGAUGCGGGCGAAUCGUCCGGAUACGACCAUCCAGUACUGGAUGUCACUCAUAACCAUUAGUUUUGAAAUCAUCUCUCCAGCCACUUCACACCGAAGAUGCAAAAACUGUACAAGCAUAUAUUCAUCGAAAGUGAAGUUUUCAGAGUAUAGCACGAGCUACGACUGGCGCUUUCAUUGCACUUUUGAUCAUUAUUCAUUUGCUAGAGUCUCUCAGUUUGCUGCAGAGGCUGCGACAUUACCAUCGUAUUGAAUUCACGAAAAGUUUAACCCCUCAGAUCUCCUCAUUUGUGUAGUGAAUUUGGGCAUUCCUGAAAGUUAGCGUAUCUUGUCUUACAUAUCCUUCAAACUCAUUUGCAUUCGCGCAGGCACAUGUAUCGUUUAUUCGUUGACCGUAACGACUGCUGACCGCGCGGCGACCGCUGCGCGUGCAUGAUGUUUUCGUAGAAAAG